GGAUACUUUGUCAAAUGGAAAUAAAUUUAGCAGUUGCCCGUUAGGCAAAAGCACCAACCUUGAUCUUUCCGAGAUGUAGUAGGAAAGACUUGAGGGAGCCAAAGCCAAGCUAAACGAAAGCCGUCAAACUGACAAGCAAAUAUAUAUAUGUGCAUAUUUGUUUGUGCAUGAAGAGAGGUCAAGUUUCCUAAAACCCAAAGCAAUUACGCAAUAGCUGUUCUUUUGUGUCACAAUUUGCUGUGUUGCCUUCACGUCUUUAACCACUGCCCCCUCACCUCUCCCUCCCCUUGUUCUAAUAAGAGUAUCCAACAAAAACCCUGUUAGACCAGAUCUUUUUUUAUCACUUUCACUGUAUAGAUAAGAUCUCCAGCUCCAAUUCCACUGAAUUGUGGAAAAGAUUCUGCUUUUAUUUAUAGGCUUCUUAUUUGAAGGCAAAAUGGUUUCUGGGUUUUGAGAGUCUUGCAAUUUGGCUGCGUGUAGAGGGAAAAAGAAAGGAUUUUUGGGCUUUGCUUAGAUUGUGAUCAUGUGAUUCUUGGCUUGAGUUGGAGGAGAAUUUGGUGGGGUUUGUUUAUUUGAGGGAUUGAGCAAGAAUUGGAGGUGAAAGUUGAGGACUUCGUUGCUUUUUGAAUUUGCUUUCUUUGGUUUAGAGGAAUCUGUUGAAAGUGGGAGUUCUGUUUUUCUGUGAUUAAAUUAUAAGCAAGAAAAGCUACAGACACAGAGAAUAACAUUGUAAGCAAGAAGGUGAUCUCAAAAGAUCAAAGAUUGCGGCAAGGAAAUGGCAACUUUAGUGGAGCCUCCAAAUGGAAUUAGGCCAAGAGGGAAGCAAUAUUACUCAAUGUGGGAAACUGUAUUUGAGGUUGAUUCGAAGUACGUUCCGAUUAAGCCUAUAGGUAGAGGGGCCUAUGGUGUUGUUUGCUCUUCGAUUAAUAGGGAAACAAACGAGAAAGUUGCCAUCAAGAAAAUCAAUAAUGUGUUUGAGAACAAGAUUGAUGCUUUGAGGACUCUCAGAGAGUUGAAGCUUCUUAGACAUAUCCGGCAUGAGAAUGUAAUUGCUCUGAAGGAUGUUUUGAUGCCUAUUCAGAGGACAAGUUUCAAGGAUGUGUAUUUGGUUUAUGAGCUCAUGGAUACAGAUUUGCAUCAGAUUAUCAAGUCCUCACAACCACUUUCCAAUGAUCAUUGCAAGUAUUUUAUAUUUCAGUUGCUGCGCGGGCUGAAUUAUCUCCACUCUGCAAACAUUCUUCAUCGGGACUUGAAGCCUGGAAAUCUCCUUGUCAAUGCCAACUGCGAUCUGAAGAUAUGUGAUUUUGGGCUGGCACGAACUAGCAGAGGUAAUGAACAGUUUAUGACUGAGUAUGUUGUCACCCGCUGGUACCGUGCACCUGAGCUGCUACUCUGCUGUGACAACUAUGGAACCUCCAUUGAUGUCUGGUCUGUCGGAUGUAUCUUUGCUGAGAUUCUUGGCCGCAGACCCAUCUUCCCUGGAACGGAGUGUCUUAACCAGCUGAAGCUAAUUAUCAGUGUCCUUGGGAGCCAGAAUGAUACUGAUCUUGAGUUCAUUGAUAACCCAAAAGCCAGAAGGUACAUCAAAAGACUUCCUUAUGCAAGGGGAAUCCAUUUUUCACAUCUAUACCCCCAUGCUGAUCCUUUGGCCAUAGACUUGUUGCUAAGGAUGCUGGUGUUUGACCCUACUAAGAGAAUUAGUGUGACACAAGCACUUCUACACCCUUACAUGUCAGGGCUGCACGAUCCAAGACACGACCCACCAGCACGGGUCCCUAUCAAUCUUGACAUAGAUGAGAAUCUCGGGGAACAUAUGAUUAGGGAGAUGAUAUGGGAUGAGAUGCUUCAUUACCACCCAGAAGUUGUCUUCGCAAAUAGAUAGAUAUGUUAAGAAAUAUAGGGUUAUUUUGUUUUAUUUAUUAAGAGUAGAAUAGUAUUUUUAUUUUCUUUUUAAUUUAGUCUAUAUAUAAUCUCUUUAUAUUUAGGUUAAAACUAUUCAUUUAGAUUAUUGUGAUCACAUUAUGGAGUAUCAAUGAAACUCCGGCCUCCUUAUCUUUUAGUUU